AUGGAACAAUCCUGUCGAGCCGUGAAGAGGGCUGUCAUCGCGAGACGUAAUGCACACUCACAAAAACCUAUCCUAGUUAAGGCGAGACAAUUAACGCGCAUUACUUUACGCUAUUCAUGUGUCAACCCUAGCUGUCGGGAGUUACCCAGCGGGCAAAAUGUAGUGUCUGUGGCACCUAUAGAAGUUCCCGACGAGUCAAUGUACCCUCGGUUCGCUGAGCCGAUACCUAACGCCACGGUCACUAUAGGCAGAGAUGCUUUAUUAGCAUGCGUUGUUGACAAUUUGAGGGGAUUCAAGGUAGCAUGGGUUAGAAUGGACACCCAGACAAUCCUGAGCAUCCACCACAACAUAAUAACGCAGAACCCCCGCAUCAGCCUGUCGUACAACGACCACCGGUCUUGGUACUUGCACAUCAAGAACGUGCAGGAGGUGGACCGCGGCUGGUACAUGUGUCAGGUCAACACUGACCCCAUGCGCUCCAGGAAGGGAUACCUACAAGUUAUAGUUCCGCCAUCAAUCAUCGAUAACAUGACGUCUACGGAUAUGGUGGUGAGGGAAGGGUCCGAUGUGACCUUGCAAUGUCGGGCCUCGGGGUACCCGGACCCUUACGUCAUUUGGCGACGGGAGGACGGCCAGGAUUUUAAUUACAACGGAUUAUCAGUGAGCGUCGUGGACGGCGAAACCCUGACAAUAACGAAGGUGUCUCGGCUUCACAUGGGAGCCUACCUCUGCAUCGCGUCGAAUGGCGUCCCGCCCUCAAUUAGUAAGCGGAUCAUGCUUAUGGUGCAAUUUCCACCGAUGCUAUCGAUACCAAACCAGCUGGAAGGAGCUUAUAUAGGGCAGGACGUGACUCUGGAGUGCCACACUGAGGCGUUCCCUUCCUCCAUCAACUACUGGACCACUGACAGAGGAGACAUGAUCAUCUCCGAAAUGGAAAUUGUAGGUGGCAAGUACGAAGCGUUCCCAAUGGACAGCGGGUACAACAAGUUUAUGAUGCUCAAGAUACGGAACAUUACGAAGGAGGACUUCGGCUUUUACAAAUGCAUCGCCAAGAACUCCCUAGGAGAGACCGACGGGAUCAUCAAGCUCGAUGAAAUUCCUGCACCGCCGUCAGCAUUCACUACUUCUCCAAAACCUUUGGACAAUGAAACUGUGAAGAAAAAAGAUCCUAAUCGAGAUCAGAACGACGCGAUCAGCUCAAAUUUUCACGGAGGCUUCGUCCAUAUGGGUUUUGACUUCGGCGGCGACAGCGAUUCAGCAUAUCGUAACAAGAAUUCCAUUUUUCCUUGCUUUUUAUUGUUUCAUUUAAUUUUAGUGCUCAAAAAUAUUCUAUGUUCCUGAUAAAUAUUCUCCUUUUUAGCACAUUUUUCAUUUGUAUUUAUAAUUUCUUAUACAUAAAUGGACAAUAAUUUUCCUUUAAUCUUUACUGUUGACGGCAUCAUAGAAAUAAUUUUUCCUCAAUAUUGAGCACUAAAUAGAAUUAUUUGUAUGUGCCGUUAGAGUAAAUAUUCAUAUAUCUAUUACUAACAGCAAAAUGAGUACACAAAUAAGUUUUUUUUCUUUUAUCUUUAUAAAAUGACUCUGAAUUUGUUCAUGUUGCUAAAGAUACUUAAUGAUUUGUUUGAAAUCGAUUUGUUUGUUAGUAGGUUUCUGUUUAGUUUGGUGACAUGACAUUGGAAAUAAUAAUUGUUCGUAGGUAGUAAGUAAAGUUACCUACAAAGUUUUCUACUACAUCGAUUUUGUAUAAAGACGCCUAAUUAGAUUUGAAUAUUUGGUGAUAGACCGAAUUACCUGUCCACUUUGAAACUUCGUAGAGACUUUCCAAUAAAAUGGGUUAGAUUUGAUGUAACAGUAAUGAAGUAAAAUAAGUAAAUGUACUACUGGCUUAAGCAGAUGAUUCAGAUAAUGAGAAUAUUUCAUUUUAUAUGUGCAAUUGUGCAAACAAAACGCAUUCUUAUACAAUUUUACUGUUAUUUAUAUAUUGACGAUAAAUGUUUCAGACACUUUAGAAUAUUCAACUUAUAAUAACAUUUUAUAAUUUACUCAACUGCCACAGAUGGGACUGCCAAAUAAAUGUGUAAAAUAAA